AUGUUUCAUGCUGUGUCAUACAGUAUGGUUCCUUAUUAUUGUCCAGGUCUUACUUUCCUAACCGUUCAUACAAACACUCUCGACUCUCCCCCUCUUUGUGCUCCAUGGUUUCCUUACUUCUCCGGCUCACAUCUUCGCAAAUCUCUCGCCGAUAUCAGAUCUCUGCCCAUGUCGUCCGGCCACCAAGACCAAGACACUGGUUUCGUCGACAUCCUCCCUUCUUUCGAGGGAAGUUCAAAAGUAGAAACUCCUGGCGCCACAACUGGAAUUAUUUUGACUCUUCGGGAGAGUCUUCAGGAGUGUAAGGAUAACCACGCAACAUGCCAAAAACUGGGGCUUAUUGAUGCUGUGAUUGAAAAAAUGGCAAAAUCAAAUGCAGGCAUACUCCGAUACAGGGAGCAGAUCAAACAAAAGUUACUCAACAAUUUAUCCUCCACCCCUGAUCAUCCAGCGUAUGCUGCUAUGAUACACAGGGCCAUUGCAGAAUCGAAAGAGGAUAGAGGCCCAAGUGAGGAGGAAAUAUCAGAUUUUAUUAGGCAAGAGUAUAAGGAUACGAAAUUCGCAGCUGCUCAUUCAUCCAUGUUGAAGAUUCAUUUAAUAAAGCUUUAUAAGAAGGGAGAGAUAGUCUGUACCAUUGAAAACCGCUAUAUCUUCCCCGAUGAUAGCGAUUCUGUUGCUAAGUUAAAGCAGGGGAAGAGGCAGAAGUGUAGUCAUCGAAACGUUAGGAAACACAAGGCUGAAAAGGAUGAUGAAUCACGGGAAGGGAUGACUGACGUACAUUGUCUUGACCAGAAUGCUGGACACAACCAUCAAAUUAAAGAGCUUGAUGACCAGAAUCGUCCACAAGAAGGAAUAGUAGCGAUAUUUCAGGGACAAAGUCAGGAGGUGAAUGUCGGGGAGAGGCAUGCAGGACAACCUUGGAUGGACACACCUAUGGAAAGAGAUCAGGCACGUGAGCAAAAUGUUAAUGGCUUUGGUGAGUACAAACUAGCUGGAGUAAGUCAUGUUAAUCAGCAUGAAACUGAAGUGACUGAAGAACGCAAUGGGGUGAUUGCACAAGGGGAAAAUCAAGCAACGGGAGAAAAAAAUGUAAGACGAGGACUAUAUGAAAAAGGAGAGGGCCAGGUAACUGGAGAGAACCAUCUUAUGGAAGCUUCAAUGAGUGAGAAAAUUAAAGAAAAUGAUAAACCUGAAACUGAACGAACCGAGGAUGUUUUAGAAGAAAUUGAGGUGAGUGUGCGAGAAACCAAAGUGCUUGAAGAACAUGCCGAGGUUAUUGUGGAAGAGCAAAAUCAAGCCAAGGAUCAAAGAAAUGAACCAACUAGCGAGUUGUGUGAAGGGCUCAUGGAUCAGACGACAGAAGAGCAGCAUUAUUUAGAAGAACCACUUGGUGGAGCAAUUGAAGAAAAGGACAAACGCCAAACUGACGGAAGUGAGGAAAUUGGGGAUGAAGUUCCAGUGCAGCAAAUUGAAGUUGUUGAAGAACAAAUGGGGUUAUCGAGACAGGAAAGAAGUCCAGGGAACCACAAUACACCACAGUACACCAAGAAACAAGUGGAAAGUGCAGCCACCAUGAUCAGCCUCCCAAAUUCUUUUCUUGUGACUCAGAACGUUAAAGAUUCUAUUCCAAAAAUAACAUCGAUGAAGAGUAUGUACAUUGGGGUGUUGAAGAGGACAAAGGAAAUUCAGCGAGAUUUGGAGAAUGUGGUUGAUUUAUUGAGCAUGCUGGAUGGGUCAAAUACAAACUAUCCUCAACCUGAGAUGGAAGUAGCGGCAACUGGUCAUUUGCUAAAAACAUUACCAGCUUCUGUUGAUGUGCUGACAGAUAAGAUGAAGCUCAUGCAAGGGAAGCAGUGCAAGCCUCUUGAUUUUGAAAGUGCUCUAGAAUUUACAGGAGCAUGUGAGAAGUUCUCUCAAAAACUGAAAAGGCAGAAACAACUCUGUGAUCAGCAAAUGGAGCUACGUCUAAAUCAAACUUCUAUUCCAACAACUGCCGAGGAACAGUCCCAACCAGCUGAACAACAAGUGGAACACAAGUUUCGUGGAAAGCACCUAUGUCCUCGGGUCCAGGGACGUGUCCCACACAAGGAAGAUGUAGAACCGAGCAUGGUUGAGCGGUCAUUGCCCUUGUUUCAUCCACAAGACCAGCAACAGCAGGCAGAGGGACAGUUUGAUGGGAGACAGCUACAACCUCAGGGACCCGAUCUUGUUCAGUCCGAUCAGCCAAAGCCACAGCAACCACGUCUAGGGAGACCACCUAAAGGGAAAGUUAUGGAUAUGGAGGAAGCAUUGCCCCUGAAUGAUUAUAGUCAUAUUAAUGUUCAGUCCAAUCAUUCAGGGAAACAGCAACCGCAUUAUCCACGUCUAGGGAGGCCGCCUAAAAAGAAAUUUACUGAUUUGGGAGAAUCAUCACCCGCGAAUGAUCAGAAUCAGAUUGAGGAGCUGAGGCUGCAGAAACGAGGCCUAGGGAGGCCUAAAAAAUACAAGAAAACUGAAAACGCAAAAUGCUCCCUGGCAGAAUCAACAACUUUACACGGUAAGGAUAAUAGGCAACCACGAAGAGGUCGAGGGAGGCCUCCAAAUUCGAGACCAGAGGCAAGAACGGCUGUUGAUGCAUAAUAUUCCACUGGAAGAUUGAAUGUCUAUUCGUUCCAAAUAUUCAAUAAUAGUUUAUAUUCAUGUCUAAAUAUCCUUGUCUAGUGUUUGAUUUAUUCAUUCCCAGAACGAGUUUUACCAAUUUGUUCAUGAAGAUAUUGAUGAUAUUGAAAGAGA